CGUGCAAAAGCGGACCCCUAGAACUGUUCUUCAUACAAGCUUCAGCGCAGAGUCUCAACUACAUCCGAAAUCUACUUGGAAAGAAGCAAUUCCAUGUGGACUCUGCUCUUGUUCAACAGCGAAUAAUGAAGCCACCCACGUCUUGCCGACCAAAGCCAAGGUUCAGCUCGGCACGUAUCCCAAAGUCUGGACCACUAAUGUAGUGUAUUCUUUAGCCAAACCCGCCAUUCCCUCAAAACAAACUCUAAAAAAGCAACCGCUGUUCUUGAGUGCAAGCGAGCCAGAAAAACCUUGCAUCUCUCGGCAAAAACGCACAGCCAACCGUGAAGGCUGCUUCCGUUCCGCAGCAGCAGGACAUUCCGUGUCGUCGAGCCUUCAUCAUACCAAUGCAGAGCGGGGAAGUCAUUAGUCUUGCGAGCAUCUCAAGUUUCUUGAGCGGUAUUUUUUCAGCCACAAAAGACUCGGGAUCGAUCAGCCAAUGGCCAUGCAGGGAAUCUAAGCGCGGGGGUAUCUACGGGCAGGCCUGUCGACACUUGGAAAGAAAGCAGCUUUAGAACAGAGACGGAAGGUGUCAGGACCGAUCAGGUAUCGUAUCGUUCUAAGAAGGAUUGAAGAACUUGGGACCCCUUGCCCUUGCAUUGGACGACAUUAGUUUCCCGUGGCAUGAGAAAGCCUUACCUCACAAAAUCACCAAAGGUUUGGAUUUAGCUUGCCCCUCGUCAAUAUCGUUGUGACCUCGACCUCCGAUACUUUCGAACGUCUUCGUUUGAAGCACAUCAUUCCCUCGCAUAUCGAACUACCUUACAAACUAUAUUUUUUCUUUUGUCUCUAUCAGUCUGAAGGAAUCUGUACAAACUCGCAACAAUGAACGAGCCAAUGGAUCGAUUUUCCCCUGAAGAACACUCCCUGGAAGUGACCCCCAAACAGGAGACCUUCCCAGGGAACGUCCACACAGAAGCCUUUUCAGAAGAAGAAGAUCACUAUCAUGGACACCUUGGGUCCACGAGGUACGAUAGAUCUGACAUGGAGAGAAUGGGGAAGAUUCAAGAGCUAAGGAGGAAUUUUCGUCCACUGUCCGCUUUGAGUUUUGUGGUGAUUCUACAAGGAACGUGGGAGGUUCUCCUCACCGCAACGACUCAAGGACUUGUCGAUGGCGGUACAGCGGGUUUAAUCUGGUCCUAUGUAUGGACGUUCUUCGGAAUGGGCCUUGUCAACGUUUCCCUGGCAGAAAUGGCUUCCAUGGCACCGACCUCUGGAGGUCAGUACCACUGGGUCUCAGAGUUCGCACCACCGCGUUAUCAACAAUUUCUCAGUCACUCCAUGGGUUGGAUGUCUACGCUCUCAUGGCAAGCUGGUACAGCAUCUGGCCCUUUCCUUGUCGGCACGCUCAUCCAGUCUCUCAUAUCUGUCAACUAUCCUGAUUAUGAAGCGACGAACUGGCAGGGGACAUUAUUUGUGUUUGCUGUCACACUGGUCGUAUGGCUAAUGAAUGUCUGGGGAUCGCGAGCCAUGCCGUUACUUCAGAACUUGAUGUUGAUUGUGCAUAUUGGUGGAUUUCUGGCGAUUCUUAUCAUCUUCUGGGUUCUGGCUCCACAUAAUACGGCUGAGGUUGUGUUUACAAAUUUUACAAACGACGGCGGUUGGAGUACGAUGGGGUUGAGUUUGAUGGUGGGACAGAUUUCUGCGCUUUAUGGGUUGAUCUGUUCCGAUGCAGCUGCACACAUGUCGGAAGAGAUCAAAGAUGCAGGAGCAACUGUACCUCGAGCCAUGCUCAGCUCUUACCUUCUGAACGCAGGACUAGGCUUCGUCUUCUUGAUAUCCUUCAUGUUCUGCAUGACCAACAUUACCGACGCCCUAAACGACGCAACCGGCUACCCAUUCAUCUGGGUAUUCCGCCAAACCGUCUCGACAUCCGGUCUUAACGGUCUCUCAUCCAUUGUCAUUCUCCUCAUCUUCGCUGGUACCCUCUCAUUCAACUUAUCCACCUCUCGACAGACAUGGGCAUUUGCUCGAGACGGAGGACUGCCAUUCUCGCGAUGGAUCGCGAGGGUCAACCCAAAGCUGCAGAUCCCUGCUAAUGCGGUCUCCGUCACCUGCCUCAUCUCUGUUUUGCUCUCGUUGAUCAAUAUUGGUUCUAAUGCGGCUUUCAACGCCAUCAUCUCUCUCAAUUUGACAUCUCUGAUGAUCACGUAUGUCGUGUCUAUUGGAUGUGUCCUGUAUCGACGUUGGACGCAUCCAGAACUUUUACCUAGAGCGAGAUGGAGCCUCGGGAGAUGGGGUGUCCCGAUCAACCUUGGAGCAUUCUUGUAUUCAUGCUUUAUGUUUUUCUGGUGUUUCUGGCCAAACUCAACGCCUGUUGAUUUAGAAUCUUUCAAUUGGAGUGUCGUCAUGUUUGUUGGUGUUGCGGUUAUCAGCUUGUUGGAUUUUAUAUUCAGAGCAAGGAAAGCCUUUAAGGGUCCUGUGACUAUUGUGCAAGGAUGGAGAGUGGAUUGAGAUUGUAUAUCAUUGGGAGGGAGGAAUUGAAUGGGUUUUGUGAUAAUCUUGUCCAGAUACAGCAUUGCUAGGGAUUGAAAAUAUCAAAAGCAAACCUUGAGAC